AUGGCUGGAUUUUUGGCAAUUCGGGCGGGAAAGGAUUGUUAUGGGUCUCCUCUUUAUGGUGGAAUGUUCAUUAGCUUGUUGACACAGUCAUUUGGGAUUCUACAAAAACGUGAAGCUACCAUGUUGACAAUAGAGUCUAGCAAGUCUUUUUCUCCAAUUUUAUACAAGCACAUCAAUAGUGUCAUUGACAAUGGGUUUGGUAAUUAUUCAUUUCCUAAUGAUACCCCAAGAAACCAACUAGGGAGGCAGGUAAGGCAACGAGCAGCUGACACAAAUGAUGAUGAGCCACCUGUGAUUCCAGCUGAAGAUGAGCUUCCAAUGGAUUCAUACAAUGUUGCUUUCUAG